AUGGAUGAAAAAGAAGCAAAAGCUCAAAGCGACGGCGGCGACGGCAGCACGGCAUGCUGCUGUAUAUGUGGAGAUGUAGGAUUCUCCGAUGCCUUGCUCCGCUGCCCUUGCUGCCGUUAUCGCCUCCAGCACACAUAUUGCAGCAGGAUGUAUCCGGACAGAAUAGAGAUCGAAAACUGGGCCUGCGAGUGGUGCAUCCAUAAGCAGCAGCAGCAAGAGGGGGAGGAGAGAACCAGAAAGAAACUUAGGCCCGGUAACGGCCCGCUGGGCCCCAAGAACAAGAGCAGUAAGGCGGCGGACCGAUGGAGGAAGCUGGCGAGGGCGGCGAAGAUGGGGAGCGGCCAGAGGUACAAGCUCCUGGCCGACGUAAUCUGCUCUUAA